AUGCCACCCACGCACAUCGCCAUCCUCGGCGGCGGGCUCACGGGGCUCUCCGCCGCCUUCCACCUCGCGCGCCGCUUCCCCUCCACGCCCAUCACCCUCCUCGAGAAGGAACACCGUUUCGGCGGCUGGGUCCGCAGCGAGCGCGUCGAGGUCGCCGACGGGCAACGACGCAGAGAGAGUAUGGUAUUGGAAGCGGGCCCACGGACGUUGCGGCCGCGGAGUAUGGCUGUUUUGGAAUUGAUCCACCUCCUGAACCUGACCCCCGCCCUCCUCACCGUCCCGCUCGCCGCCCCCGCCGCCCGCACGCGCUUCCUCCACCUCCCCCCGCGCCCGGGCCUCGUCCCCCUCCCCUCGUCCUCCUUCUCCCUCCUCUCCUCCCCGCUCGCCCCGCUCCUCCUCUCUGCCCUCCUCCGCGAGCCUUUCCGCGCUUCCAACCGACCAGAUGGCGUGGAGGACGAGAGCGUCGAUGCGUUUUUGAGCAGGCGGUUUGGGAGGGAGCUGGCGAGGGUGAUGGGCAGCGCGCUCGUGCACGGGAUCUACGCGGCCGACUCGCGCGUGUUGAGUGUGCGCGCGGCCUUCCCUGCGCUCUGGGAUGCGGAGACGCAAGGGCGGGGGAGCGUUGUGCUCGGGAUGCUGCGCCGGAAACAGGGCGAGGGCGAACAGGAAACCUAUGAAACAGGAGAAGUGGAGGAAACGAUGAAGGGCGUGUCGGUGUACACGUUCAUAGAGGGCAUGGAGACGCUCGUGCACGCGCUCCUGGGCGCGCUGAGGCAAAGGGAGAAUGUGAGACUCGUGAGCGGCGAGCGGGCUACCGCGCUCUCGCUCGACCCAAUAUCUAAAUCCAUAACGAUAACGACCCCCACGCAUACCCUCCACCCCUCCCACCUCGUCUCCGCGCUCCCGCUCCCCGCGCUCGCCGCCCUCCUCCCGGACGACCCGUCCCUCCGCCUCCCGCACCUCACCGCGAACCCCUCCGCGUCCGUGACCGUCGUCAACCUCGUGUUCCCGCAGCGCGUGCACCCGGACGGGUUCGGGUACCUCGUCCCGCGCUCGUCGGGGGAGGAAGAGGGGAAGGGGGGAGGGGAAGGGAGGGUGCUCGGCACGGUGUUUGACUCGUGCGUCGGCGGCGCGCAGGACCGCGUGCUCGGGGACGACACCGGGGAGCGGUUCACGAAAGUUACCAUGAUGCUCCGCGCGCCCUCCCGCUCUUCCUCUCCUUCCCACUCGCCCUCCAGCCAAUCCCUCCUCCGCACCCUCACCACCCACCUCUCCCCCUCCCCCUCUCCCCUGCCCCAGCCGCUCCUCGUCCGCACGCACGCCCAAACCGAGUGCAUACCCACGCCCACCGUCGGGCACUUGGCUAGGAUGAAGGAACUGAGAGAGGUGCUUGGGAAGGAGCCGUGGGGCGGACGGGUGGAGGUUGUCGUUGGGGAUUUGAAGAUCGCGGGACGGGCGGACGUAGGGAUGGUCAUACGAGUAUAUAGACAUUUGCGAAUAGGUACGGGACACCAGGAACGGCGUGCACUCUUGCUACUCGCGAUCCUUGGCAUCUCCGGGCCUCUAGGACGUGGACUCGAUCCGCUACGGGUGUUAACGCGCUGCCUUCUCCACAAGCGCGCGUGAGCGGUGGCGGACCUGGCGGCGGGAAGUCUCCGCUCUACCCGAGGUCUCCGCAUAGCGCGGUUUGGACGAUCGCGGGGAUUCAGACGUACGACGCGGUUCCGACCCCGGCGGGGAGUCAACACGUCAGCGAAUGCAAUCUGUUCGCUGUGGCUCCCGAGGUGCCGCGUCUCGCGCCGGGUAAGAGCAGCGCCGCCACGACGGACCGUCCCCCGACACUCCACCGAGACGAGGUCUUGCGCACGACGCAGUCUUAG